GCGGGCGGACGCGCGGGGGGAGGGCACUGGGCAGGAAGGGGAGGGGGAGCGAGCGCGAGAAAUGCAGAGGCUGCAGCGGCGGCGGCGGCGGCAGUAGCGGCAGCGGCGACGACGGCGGCGGCAGCGCUCCAACUGGCUCCUCGCUCCGGGCUCCGCCGUCGAGCCGGGAGAGAGCCUCCGCCAGCGGCCAGGCACCAGCCAGACGACGCCAGCGACCCCGGCCUCUCGGCGGCACCGCGCUAAACCAGGGGCUGCGCAGGCACCCAGAGCCGAACUCCAAGAUGGGAGGCAAGCUCAGCAAGAAGAAGAAGGGCUACAAUGUGAACGACGAGAAAGCCAAGGAGAAAGACAAGAAGGCUGAGGGCGCGGCGACGGAAGAGGAGGGGACCGCGAAGGAGAGCGAGCCCCAGGCGGCCGCGGAGCCCGCCGAGGCCAAAGAGGGCAAGGAGAAGCCCGACCAGGACGCCGAGGGCAAGGCCGAGGAGAAGGAGGGCGAGAAGGACGCGGCGGCCGCCAAGGAGGAGGCCCCGAAGGCGGAGCCCGAGAAGACGGAGGGCGCGGCAGAGGCCAAGGCUGAGCCUCCGAAGGCGCCCGAGCAGGAGCAGGCGGCCCCCGGCCCCGCUGCGGGCGGCGAGGCCCCCAAAGCUGCCGAGGCCGCCGCGGCCCCGGCCGAGAGCGCGGCCCCUGCCGCCGGGGAGGAGCCCAGCAAGGAGGAAGGGGAACCCAAAAAGACUGAGGCGCCCGCAGCUCCUGCCGCCCAGGAGACCAAAAGUGACGGGGCCCCAGCUUCAGACUCAAAACCCGGCAGCUCGGAGGCUGCCCCCUCUUCCAAGGAGACCCCCGCAGCCACGGAAGCGCCUAGUUCCACACCCAAGGCCCAGGCCCCCGCAGCCUCUGCGGAAGAGCCCAAGCCGGUGGAGGCCCCGGCAGCUAAUUCCGAUCAAACCGUAGCCGUGAAAGAGUGACAAGGACAGCCUAUAGGAAAAAUAAUACCACUUAAAACAAUCUCCUCUCUCUCUCUCUCUCUCUCUCUCUCUAUCUCCUCUCACUCUCUCUCUCUCUCCUCUCCUAUCUCUCCUCUCUCUCUCUCCUAUACUAACUUGUUUCAAAUUGGAAGUAAUGAUAUGUAUUGCCCAAGGAAAAAUAAAGGAUGUUGUCCCAUCAAGGGAGGGAGGGGGUGGGAGAAUCCAAAUAGUAUUUUUGUGGGGAAAUAUCUAAUAUACCUUCAGUCAACUUUACCAAGAAGUCCUGGAUUUCCAAGAUCCGCGUCUGAAAGUGCAGUACAUCGUUUGUACCUGAAACUGCCGCCACAUGCACUCCUCCACCGCUGAGAGUUGAAUAGCUUUUCUUCUGCAAUGGGAGUUGGGAGUGAUGCGUUUGAUUCUGCCCACAGGGCCUGUGCCAAGGCAAUCAGAUCUUUAUGAGAGCAGUAUUUUCUGUGUUUUCUUUUUAAUUUACAGCCUUUCUUAUUUUGAUAUUUUUUUAAUGUUGUGGAUGAAUGCCAGCUUUCAGACAGAGCCCACUUAGCUUGUCCACAUGGAUCUCAAUGCCAAUCCUCCAUUCUUCCUCUCCAGAUAUUUUUGGGAGUGACAAACAUUCUCUCAUCCUACUUAGCCUACCUAGAUUUCUCAUGACGAGUUAAUGCAUGUCCGUGGUUGGGUGCACCUGUAGUUCUGUUUAUUGGUCAGUGGAAAUGAAAAAAAAAAAAAGUCUGCGUUCAUUGCAGUUCCAGUUUCUCUUCCAUUCUGUGUCACAGACACCAACACACCACUCAUUGGAAAAUGGAAAAAAAAAACAAAAAAACAAAAAAAUGUACAAUGGAUGCAUUGAAAUUAUAUGUAAUUGUAUAAAUGGUGCAACAGUAAUAAAGUUAAACAAAAAGAAGUAA